AUGCCUCCUCUAUACAUUACUGAAAAUGGGGUUGCUGAUAACAAUGACGUCAAGCUCACAGCCAAACAGGCUUGCGUCGACAAAACAAGGGUUCAGUAUCAUCAGGAACAUCUUGCCUAUCUUCUACUAGCAAUAAGGAAAUUGAAGUUUGAUGUAAGGGGUUAUUUUGCUUGGUCAUAUUGUGAUAAUUUCGAGUGGACCGCCGGAUACAAAUCAAGAUUUGGUAUAAUCUACACUGACUAUGUCAAUAACUUGACACGAUACAUGAAAAGUUCAGCUUUCUGGUUUGCCAAGUUUUUAAAGCCCAGCUUGCCGACGUCACCAACUUCAGAUAAGAGACAAGAUGAAAGGGGUCGGAAGUGUGAAUCUAGGAAAAGGAAAGCUCCAGAGAAUGUUUGAAGAUGUGGAAUGAUGCAUUAAGUACUUU